CCACUUCCGGGUCACUGACUUCCGGCCGCCAUCUUGCUCCCUGGAGGCGCCGCGGCUGGGAGGGAGUCAGAACCAGAGCGUCGCUACGGAGCGGCCGUCGCCAUGCCGUCGUCGCCACUGCGGGUGGCGGUGGUGUGCUCGAGCAACCAGAACCGGAGCAUGGAGGCGCACAAUAUCCUUAGCAAGCGUGGAUUCAGCGUCCGGUCCUUUGGAACAGGAACUCAUGUGAAGCUUCCAGGACCAGCACCUGACAAGCCGAAUGUUUAUGAUUUUAAAACCACAUAUGAUCAGAUGUACAAUGAUCUUCUUAGGAAGGACAAAGAACUCUACACACAGAAUGGCAUUUUGCAUAUGUUGGACAGAAAUAAGAGAAUCAAGCCCCGGCCAGAGAGGUUCCAGAACUGCAAAGAUCUGUUUGAUCUGAUCCUUACUUGUGAAGAGAGAGUCUACGACCAGGUGGUGGAAGAUCUGAAUUCCAGAGAACAGGAGACCUGCCAACCCGUGCAUGUGGUCAAUGUAGACAUCCAGGACAACCACGAAGAGGCCACCCUGGGGGCCUUCCUCAUCUGCGAGCUCUGCCAGUGUAUCCAGCACACAGAGGACAUGGAGAAUGAGAUCGAUGAGCUGCUGCAGGAGUUCGAGGAGAAGAGUGGCCGGACCUUCCUACACACCGUGUGCUUCUACUGACAGCCACCGAAGCCUUGGUGGCACCCUGUGCCCUCUUGUUUAUUCUUUCCUCUGAUACCGGUUUUUACUUAGGUAUCCUUUGGGGCAACAGUGUGGCCCAGUAAGCUGUACAUAUGCAAGAGAAGACAUGUACACACCAUAUAGAAACAAUCAAGUUUUUCUGUCCCACUUUUACUUAUGAGUGGGAUAUUGAUUAUAAAGGUUUUUUUCUUUAACCAAAAAAGGAAAAAAAAAAAAACUGUUCAUAGUGCAUUUCCCUCUACAUUUCUGAGCCCUUGCUGCCUAUCCCUUCCCUCCUUCCCCACCUAGUGGGACCGUACAGAUACCUGAAUAAAGCAAUGGCUGUAUCUUCCUAGGACAGAACCUGGAAUUGUCCAAUAAACAGAUGUUGCU